AUGUACCUGAAAGCCCGCAUCGAAGAUGGCAUUGUACAUUCUCCGUAUCCCGGGGGUCCUGUGCCGAAUAUGUCAGUGUACGAGGCUUUGAGAGAGAGACUAGAGCAAUAUGGGGAAAGAACCGCAUUGAUCUGCAGAGAGAAUGAGGUGACGUAUUUAGAGAUGCUCAAGAUGCUGCAAAAAUACGGAGCUGGUUUCCAGAGUCAUGGCAUAAAGCCGGGAGACAAGGUACUCGUGCACGUGGACGAUUCGGUGGACACUUUUAUUGCUAUGUAUGGAAUUGUGUUUGCUGGAGGAGUCGUCAUACCGUCUGAGCCGGGAUCAGAUCAAGAUGAAGUUCUGAAGAAAAUAGAAGCUGGAAACGCCACUCACGUGCUCACCACAGAAGAAGAAGCAAACCUAUUGAAGAGUUUAACUCGAGACUUGCAAAUUCGGAAAUACUUUGUCGUGGGUGAAAAUCCUGGAUACAUUUCGGUGACGGAUUUCAAAAACAUAAAGCAAGAAACUUUUACUGAAAUCUCUGAGAUCGACGUUGAAAAGGACCUAAUCGCCCUUUGCUUCACAUCCGGUACAACAGGUCGCCCAAAGGCCGUCGAAGAAACGCACUACAGUUCUGUGGCUGGGUUGCAACUCUAUAGGUCUGCUUUCGCGGUUAAAAUAUAUUUAUGGUUGUAA